ACGUUACGACUGGUACGGAACAAGUGAAUUAUCAGUAUCAAGGAUAUGAUGCUAGUCAAACUUCAAGAGGCACUACGACUGAAACCGAUCUCGCUAAUUAUCAAUAUAAUGAAUAUGACACAAAUCAAACCGCUGCAGAGCCUAUCACUGAAAAGGAACAGAUUUUGUAUCAAUCUUAUGACACGAGUCAAGCAGGAUUUGAUAAUACUGUUGCUACAAACUAUCAAUAUCCUGCAUAUGAAACUAAUCAGUCCGCUGCGAUAGAAACUGUCGCUGAAGCAGAUCAAUCAAAUUAUCAAUAUCUAGGCUACAAUAUGGGAGAAAUUGCUGUUGAUGGUACAGAUGGACAGGGACAAUUUAAUUAUCCGUACCAAGAACAUGAGACUGGUCAAGCUACAAUAGACAAUAAUGAUGAGACAAGUCAAGCUAAUUACCAAUAUACAAGUUAUGAUGCAAGUCAAAUUAAUCAUCAAGCGACAAGUCAACCCACAGUGGACAACAAGGUUGAAACGGAACAAUCUAAUUAUUAUCAAGGAUAUCAACACGUUCCUUCUCAUCCUUCACAAACUUCUCCUCCCCCGAUGUCUCCAUCUCCAAAAGGAUCAAUCUUAAUAUCCUGCCCAUAUCCUCAAUGCGGGGGAGAGAAUAAAAGUACCGCUAAAUUUUGUUCAGAUUGCGGGAAGCAAAUUAACAGUAAUGUAAUGCGCUCAAUAAUUCCUGCAGUUGGCAUCUCUGAAGUGAUGACCACUGAGAUUUAUAAUAAUGCGAAUGCUUAUUCUGAACAAUAUUCAGCAUCAUCGUUUGCUUCAUACGGUAAUCAUGACACACAAUACCUAGAAAGGGAUUCUGGUGUCUCAUUGGAUCCGCUACAAUCAGACUAUCAACAAUAUUAUGGUACUGAUGAUGUGAAUGCUGUAAAUGAUCCUUUGGGAAGAACUAAGGGGUGCCGUCCUAUUAUUGCUUUUGGAUUUGGAGGAAAAAUGUUUACAAUGUUUCCAAGAACAGUUCAACGUUUCACUAGUACUGAUCAAAGUACACCCAUCACUAAAUCUGCACCUGGUGUUUUUUCUGUUCGUGUUCUCAAAGACAUCAUUCCUGUAUCAGACAUUACCGAUUUUCCAGGUCCUUUGCUUAUGGAUAAUAACAGAGGUGGAAUAAAGGCUAAAAGGAAAAGUGUAUUAAAAUAUUUAGAUGAUCAAAUUCAAGUAACAGAAACGAAAUUAAGUUCCUUUAACGGAGAAGAAAUUGAAAAGAAGGAAUUAGAAAUGAUUAUUAUUGUCUGGAAUUUAUUUAAAAUAAUGUUCGAGAAUGACGGCAUGUUAAUUGGAAGUUCAAAAGUUGAAGAACUUGUUCGUAACAUUUUAGUUCCUUUCGCAUCUAAAAGCGACGAUGAUGAAGUAAACUUUACAGUUCCUGCAGAUACAAGUUUUGAAGAUUUAUCACAAACACCAGAAUCGACUUCACUCACGUAUUCUGUUUCAUCUAAAGCUGUCGACAAAUUACAAGAAUUAUUGUUGAAAGGAGAUCGUGUUGUAGCAAUAAAUCAUGCAAUGAAUGAAAAUUUGUGGGCACAUGCAUUGAUAAUUGCCAGUUGUGUCAAUAAGGAUUUAUGGAAAGAGGUUGUUACCGGGUUUAUAAAACAUGAAAUGGGAACUCAAAAAGGAGAAGCCUUAGAGUCAAAUGGAAGAGAAAGUUUAAGAGUGUUAUAUUCUUUGUUUGCUGGUCAAGGACAGAAUGCAGCUAAGGAAUUCCUUCCGUAUAGUAAUUUACUUAAUCGUAUUACUCAAUCACCAGUUGCAGCAAUGAUUCCUACGUUACCAAAUACUUCACAUUAUAGCUCUAAUCCCAAUGUUCCAUAUGGUGGUGCGUCAAUUUCAACGUCACACUCAUCCUCAUCAGCUCGUGAUGUUCCACUUGAUAGUUUAGUAAAAUGGCGAGAAACAAUAGCAAUGAUCUUGGCUAAUCGAACACCGGGAGAUAAUCAGGUGAUUUCUGCUCUCGGAGAUAUGCUUAAAGAAUGUGGUUGGGUUCAUGCUGCACACAUCUGUAAUUUUCAUAAUUGGCAGUCCUUGCGUAUGACUGAGAUAUAUGAAUUUGGACUUUCAUUGAAUAGUAAUGAUGGUGGAUUACCUCACCUACAGGCAUACAAACUACUUUAUGCAUGGUGGUUGGCCGAUUGUGGAUAUUUGAAUGAAUCUAGAAGAUAUUGCGAAUCCAUUGCAAACAUUGUAAAGGUAUAUACCAAAGGUUCACCGUAUUUCCACGGCUGCUUCUUACAAAAAUUGAAGGAUUUAACACAACGGUUGCUCGAACACGGAGGAAAUAAUAAUGGCAUAAAUGAAACAUCAUCAUGGCUUUUUGCAAAAAAAAUGCCGAAAGCGACCCUCGACUCCUUAUGGGGUUCAUUAGAAGGAAAAUUCCACAAGUUUGUUGCAGGAGACACAGUUGAAGAAAAUGUCACGAAGACAUCAUUUUCAAACACUCAAGAGGCUGUUGGCCCAUUUUCGCAUUUCAGUUCCAUCACCCAUCCUACUUCUGAAGUGCCAUCACGUAGUGCGUCUGCUUCAGAUUUUCGCUCUAUUCCUAAUCCUAUAAAUACGCGUCGUGCAACUACUCCAAAUGCGAUAAUUCAAAGACAAUUAAAUGGAAAUCAGCAAAGGUUGUCAACUCCUACUGGUGUACAGUAUGAUUUGGUUAAUAGUUAUAAUAGUAACUUUAGUCCUACCACACCUGAUGGACAAAAUACAAUGUCUUCCGUUCCUGAAGGAGGGUCUAUUGGAACUUCUCCAACGGAUGUUAAAAAUGAGUAUAAUAAUUGGCAAUCGUUUAAUAAUAGCCAGCAAUAUAACGGACAUUCAAAUGAACAACAAUCAACGCAAUCGGGAUACAACUAUUCAUUAUCGGACAAUUCUAAUGCUGAAGAAAAUAACAAACAAAAGCAACAAGCCAUGUACCCAUAUUAUCAACCAUUAGGAAAUAAUACAUCUACAUACAACAAUGAAUCUGCAUGGUGGAGCAGUCCAAAUGCCGAUUCCAAUGUAGCUCAAAAUGUGGACCAGGCACAAACCGAUGUUGUUGACGGAGGUGAUUUUAUAUCUCCAAUGGACAGUAGUGGUUUCACCCCAUUUUUUUCGGCUCCGGCUCCAGCUCCAGCUCCUAAACAUGAAGCAAAACAGGAGGAUAAAAAAGCAGAAGAAAAGACGGGAUGGUUUGGAAGAUGGUUUGGAAAGAAAGAAGUCGGCGGUAAAACUGCUAAUUUAGGAGAAGAAAGCUCAUUUUACUUUGAUCCAGUUCAAAAAAGAUGGAUUAAUAAGAAGGCCGGUGCUGAGACAAUUAAUGCUUCGACUUCUCUGCCGCCACCUCCACAACGUUCGAAAACGACCUCACCACAACGCUCACAAUCAUUGACGAGUUCAAAUCCCAGCAGGCAGUCAUUACCACCUACAGAUAAUAAAAACUUUACAGGCCCGCCAAUUAGCGCUACUCCGCCUCCACAAAAUAAGGGUGGUCGUGCAUCAAGCGCAAGCAUGAAAAAAAGAGCUCGAUCAAA